AUUGAAGUCAUUUUGAUGGUAGCAAAUGUCGGCAAUUAAUCAAUUUUGUCAACUAAAUUAACACUCAAGACUAGAUUCAAAAAUGAUGAAUAGUCACUUCAGUGGGCAAAUGACAACUAAAAGGUGAAGACAAAUAUCUACAAGAGUUUACCCAUAAUCUGGUUAACUUUUAACCAGCUUAACCUAAUCGAGCCGACCAAUAGUUCUGGUUAAAGACUUGGAUUUAAAGAGCUAAAGUCGCAAGGAUAAACUCGUAAACGAUAAACACAAUAUAGUGACAAUGGACUUUAUCCAUACACUGAAGGAGCCGAUUGCUCUUGGACUUUGAUGGCUCCAAAAAAUUAUGUAAUUAACAUGAAAAUGCUAAGACAAGAUCUGGACAAUUGGAGUGAUGAAACUCGAAUUUCCUUUUAUGAUGGACAAUCGGUUGAGGAUGACUUGAUUGAUACUUUUACUGGAACCAAAUGGAGAAAGUUUAGGACUCAGAGUAAUCAAUUGCACAUUAAAUUCAUCAGUGGCAAAAGGCCCAGUGGAGUCAUUCCUCAAUAUAAAGGUUUCAAAUUGUAUUUUGAACAUAAUCGGGCUCCAGUCAAGUGUAAAGAAGAUCAACUAAGGUGUGCCAAUGAAGAAGAGUGUAUACCAAAAGAAAAUAUAUGCAAUGGAAUAGAUGAAUGUCGAGAUGGAACUGACGAGGAAAAUUGUAGCGAUGGACAUUACAAUAGUACUACUUCAUGUGGCAUCAGACCAAAUUUGAUAACUCAACAGUCAGAAGUUUUUCCAUAUCCUUUUUUGAUAGCUAUUGCUGCUGGAGACGCUGCGAUAUCCAAUUCAUGGCCUUGGAUCUUUGAGAAACCGUCGUACUGAAUCAAACAAUCAACUGGAAAUCCAUAUGUUCUUAAAGAAGGAAUUAUUCCUUUGAUAUCCAAUGCAAUAUGUUCUGAAUGGUUGCAAAAUGAGACUCCAGAUUCCUUAAUGUGUGCUGGAUACGAAGAAGGUGGAACUGACACUUGUAAAGUAAGAAAAUUAAACUAAAUUAUUUCAUAUUAAAAUUACAAACAAAAAAAUAUUUAAAAAUAUAAUAAUUAAUGAAACUGUAAAUUAAAGGUCAU